ACACACUUUUCUCCGGCCGCGCUCCGAUGUGAUAAUCGAAAACCGGUGUUCCCACUUUGCGGCCAACAGUUUUCUAGCCUCCAGGCCGGGUAGUAUGAUCGGACAGGCUAUCGGUCGACGUAUUCCGGCCACAAUCCGGUACGCCGUGCCGGUGCGUUCCAUCAACGUCGACAGCACGACCAAGCUCGGAUUCCCGUGCACAUACUCGGAGGAUGAAACGAAGAAGAUUCUCAACACCCUCAACGAACAGGACGUGGAGGAGCUGUACAAAUACAACAUCUCGAAGUACCGGCUGAAGAAGAUCGAAGGAUGGCGCAAAAAGUUCGGCACCUUCAUGUCGCUCGAGCAGGUCCUCGAACUGGACGGCUUCGGGGUGACGGUGCUGCGCAAGUUUUACGACUCCAUCGUGCACGGUCCCAAACAGGACGUGGUGGUAGCGCCCAAGGUGAAGGAAAUCAAAUUUACGACCCCGCUUCUCACGGCACCGCUCGCUGCCCGUUUGACCAGCUGCGUGUCCCUCUACAUCGGGCUCGACUACGUUACCUGGGCCCGGUUUAAGGUACGCAAGGACGAUUCGACCGCCCUGGUCGGGUGGAACAGCUACAGCAUAGCCGAUCGCAAGCUUCAUCUAAGCGAGCUGAUCCGAAGCGUGACCGACAUCUGCCAGCUGGUGCCCGAAGCGGACGUUUACGUCGUGGAGAACCCACCGGUGGCCCAGGCAUCUGCCAUGGGUUCAGCCGCCCAGACCAACAUCAACGUGCAGCGAUCGCAGCUGAUCGGUAUGCUGAUGCUGAUGCUGUCCAAUCGGCCGCCAGCGUUCGCUCAGCAGACCGAAGAAUCCGGCGACGCCAUCGGUGGCAACGUGUUUUUUCUCAAGCAGUACCUAUCGGCGCGCCUGUUUGGCAUCUUUGUCGGCAGCGAACGCGUCUCGGCGGAAGACGUUGUCCGGUCGCUGAUGGAUCGACAGCUGGGCCCCAACGAGGAGUGCCUUGCGGAGAUCCAAUCGCGACUGGACAUCCCGCCCGGGCUGCGCAUCGUCUACGAGGAAAACGAUCGGGCGGAACGCGAAUUUCUCGGCCAAUCACUGCUGCUCGGGUUAAGCUUUUUGCGGCUGUGUGUUUUCAAGUGUGAAGACAGCUUGAAGCUGUUCCGUCGAUAGCUUGAACUCUUUUCCGGUGGCUUACGUACUGUGAUGGAAGUGAAGAGAACGUGGAGUGUAAAAAGAU